AUGUCACUUGACUCAAUGGGACCGUCGGCCGGCGGUGGUAGCUCGGGUGUCGGCACACUGUCCGGCACGAGAAUGAUCCACUCGCUAAGCACCCCCUCCGGGGUGGAUGGGUCGGUGUCGGCAUCACAUUCUCGCAGCGGCAAGAAGCUGGCCGUCCGCAUUCAGAUGCUGGACGAUUCCGUUACAAUGUUUCAGGUUCAGGCCAAAGCAACGGGUAAAGUGCUGUUCGAGCAGGUCUGCCGUCAGCUGAACCUGCUGGAGGCCGACUAUUUUGGGUUGGAGUAUCAAGAGGCACAGUCCGGCACGAAGUACUGGCUGGACCUGGAGAAGCCACUGAACCGUCAGGUCGGCCUGUCGCUGAUCGAACCGAUGCUGCGCUUCUGCGUCAAGUUCUACACUCCCGAUCCACUGCAGCUGGAGGAAGAGUACACGCGGUACUUGUUCUGUCUGCAGGUGAAGCGCGAUCUGGCCACCGGCAGUCUGCAGUGCAACGACAAUACUGCGGCCCUGAUGGCAAGCUACAUUGUGCAAGCGUCUUGCGGAGAUUAUGCGGCGGAAGACUAUCCCGAUCACACCUAUCUGUCGUCGUACCGGUUUGUGCCGCAGCAAGAUCACACGAUGCAGCGACGGAUCAUGGAAAAUCACAAGAAGCAUGUAGGACAAUCACCGGCCGAAGCGGAUCUAAACUUGCUGGAAACGGCCCGGCGCUGCGAGCUGUACGGAAUGAAGAUGCAUCCGGCCAAAGAUCACGACGGGGUGCCGCUGAACCUGGCCGUCGCCCACAUGGGCAUCGCGGUGUUUCAAGGCAUCACCCGAAUCAACACCUUCUCGUGGGCCAAGAUACGCAAAAUAUCGUUCAAACGCAAGCGCUUCCUGAUCAAGCUACACCCGGAGAACUACGUUUACCACAAGGACACGGUCGAGUUUUUCUUCGAGGGACGCAACGAGUGUAAGAACUUUUGGAAAAAGUGUGUGGAAAAUCAUGGAUUCUUCCGCUGCACGGCCGUGCAGAACGUGCAACGGCGCAAGGCGCGUGUCCUCUCGCGGGGCAGCUCGUUCAGGUACAGUGGCAAAACACAGAAACAGAUCAUCGAGUUCGUGCGUGACAACUACGUGAAGCGGCAGACGUUCCAAAGGUCUCAGUCGUUUCGGCAGGGUCCUCUACAUUCAAGUAACCGAAGUCAAUCACGCACUUCAUGUAAUGUGAAUCAAAGCAUCUCGGCUCAUCCCUUACUUCCGAUCGAAACCGCGGAAUGGGAGCGUCGCAGUCAGAGCAACGUCUUGAGGACGCCUUCUCAGACGAGGAGGCAAGCGGAUACGGAGGCGGAUCGCCGACCCAGCAGUCCUACCGGCCUCACUCGUUCUCAGCUCACGGAAGCCCAGGUGGAGACCUAUCCGAUGAAGAGCUAUACCCAAAUGGGAAUGGAACACACGGCGGCGGCGGCCCUGCAGGACUCGAGUCAAUCUGCGUCCCCGGGGGGCACCUGGAGUUCGCCAUAUCACAACAACAACAGCAACAGCAGCAGCCAUGCGCGCGAAGCCGAUCGGGCUCGUGCACGUCAAGACGGUCACAGUUCCGCCAGCGACGAUUACCAUGGGAUCAACGGGAACGUGUCGUUGGAUCGACGCAGCGAAAUCGUGCAAUCGCCCAACCGGUACGAGCUGACCCUCGGGGGGGCCGCCUCGGUGGACAAAUCGAACAACAACAACUCGCUGUCGCGGGUCGCCGGUGAAACGGGUUCGUACGAUCUGUCGAGCGCGGAAGCCCGUGCGGCCAGGAACGGCCACUUCGGGGGCAGCAACGGUGGAGCGCUGCACACGGUCGACGAGAUCAAUGUGAUCAACAACAACUACCAGAACACGUUGCCACCGGCACCGCAGACUCCGACUUCGCCGACGAUGCUGACGAUGAUGAGCGCCGCCGCCGCCGGCAACGGCAACGGCAACAGUGGCACGCUCCGGUCGAUCGACGAGGAGAUGCGCAAAAAGAAGUGGCCCACCGAUCGGGCGUACUUUCUGGCGAAGGAACUGCUCAUGACCGAGCGGACCUACAAGAAGGACCUGGAUGUUAUCAACACGUGGUUCCGUGAGGAGCUGACGCCGGAAGAUUUGGAAAAUCUUCAGCCCCUGUUUCAGUAUUUCGAGUCCAUGCUGGAGCACCACAGUGUGUUUCUGCGCGAUCUCGAGCACCGGAUACUGCUGUGGGAAGGACGCGGUGGCCACGAGACGCACCGAAUCGGUGACGUGAUGCUGAAGAACAUGGUCGUGCUGCCGAUUUACGAUGAGUACGUGGAGAGCCACCGGGAGAUAUUGGAACGGUUGAACGAUCUGUACGACAAUGACGACAAGUUCCAGCAGACGUACCGUGAGUUCGAGCAGCAGAAAGUGUGCUAUCUGCCGAUCUGUUACUUCAUCCUGAAGCCGCUCCACCGGCUGCUGCACUACGAGCUGCUGCUGGAGCUGCUGUUGGUGCACUACGGGGAGGAUCACUUCGAUCGCACCGAUUGCCACGGCACGCUGAUGAUGCUGACGCGCACGACGGAGGUGAUCCGGCGGGAAUUGGCCGUCUCGGAGAACCACAGUUUGUUGUGCGAGAUCCAGCGCGACAUCGAGGGCUACGAUGCGCUCGUCCAGCCCGACCGCAAGCUCGUCCGCCAGGGCUGCCUGCUGAAGCAUUCCAAGCGUGGCCUGCAGCAACGCAUGUUCUUCCUGUUCUCCGACAUUCUGCUGUACGCGGUCAAGUCGCCGGUGACGCAAACGUUCAAGGUGCUCGGCCACGUGCCGGUGCGGUCGCUGCUGACGGAGAACGCGGAACACAACGCGUUUGUGAUAUUCGGCGGCCAGCGGGCGAUCACCGUGAGUGCGGGCACCACGGUCGAGAAGACGCUCUGGCUGGACGAGCUGGCGAAGGCGGCCAACGGGCUCAAGUACAAACCGCAGACCCAGCUACCGCAGAUCGUGUCGAUCAAAACGUGCACUUCGUCCGAGGAAAACCUGGAAGCCUGCGGACUGACCAGUGCCCUCUUGCCGCAGGUCCCAGCAAAAGCUCCUUCGUCGCGAAACAACACCGCCCUCCACGUUUGCUGGCACCGUGGCGUCACGAUCUGUCUCGACGAUCAUCUGCGCUCGGGACGGAAUCAAAUAUCCGGCUAUCUGUUGCGCAAGUUCAAGAACAGCUCCGGCUGGCAGAAGCUGUGGGUCGUGCUGACCUCGUUCUGUCUGUACUUCUACAAGAGCUACUCGGACGAUGCGGCCCUGGCGAGCUUACCGCUGCUCGGGUACACGGUCGGCCCACCCGGCAUCCAGGAUGCGGUCCAGAAGGAGUACGUGUUUAAGUUGUCGUUCAAAAACCAUACCUACUUCUUCCGUGCCGAAAGCGAACACACCUACAACCGAUGGAUGGAAGUGUUGCGGAGUGCCACGCAGAUUCAAGAGUCACGCGCAUCGCCGACAUCGAUCGCCGUAGGGGGCAGCAGCAGCAACAGCAACCAUGGCUCCAAGUAGGGUCCAGGGGGGGUACGUGCGCCCCUUUCCGGACUCCUUCGGAAAGAUUUCACUACCAUCAUCACCGCGAGAGUAUCACGAGAGAACAAAAUCGAGGAUAAACGAAGCAAAACGCAAUCACGCGAAAGCACAUGGCACCGGGAACCGGGAGUGUGAGGAGGAACGGUCACUCUAUAUUUAUCGUCUUUUGCUUUUUAUACUUUAGGAACCAUUUUUAGUCCCCAGAAAACCGCAUGGCGCAUACUUGUGUGCGUGUGUAAAGCGAAGCAGCAGUCAUUAAAAAAAACACUAAUCAAUAAAAUGAUGAU